AUGUCUUCGGUCAAUUCUUCAUCAUAUUCAACAGAUCGAAUCGACAGACAACGUGGAAUUCCCACAAGAUGCAAGUGCGGUGAUAAAGUGGCUCGUUUCACUUCAAAAACAGUGACAAAUCCGGGAAGAUUAUUCCAUCGUUGUCCGAUGGGAUCUGAGAUGGACAAAACCCAUCUGUUCAAGUGGACUGAUGAGUCAGUUGUUGAGGAGGUUGAAGAUUUCCAGGAACUGUUUGACGUGCUGCUCGUCGACACUUCCGAGAUUCAGAGAUCAAUGCAAGCUUGUGAGACGAGGCUGAAAUGCCAUGAGAGUAGAAUUAUUGAGAUGGAAGAUGCUGUUUCACGUUGCCAAGAGAAGACUAUCAAAUGCAUUAGCGAGUUAAGGAUCCUAAAAGCUUUGUUUCUGUGUUGUUUGGUGAUGAUCUUCAUCUACUUUAACUAUGCAUGA